GCUUUUUUGCUUGUGAUUGGUAUAGUAGGUGUGAUGGUGGCAGUGAUUCCUUGGAUUGCAAUACCCGUGAUUCCCCUUGGCAUCGCUUUCUUUUUUCUCCAGCGAUAUUUCUCAGCAACUUCACGAGAUGUUAAACGCCUGGAAUGUGCAACACGGAGCUCGGUAUUUUCCCACUUAGCAUCUUCUCUCCUGGGACUCUGGACCAUCCGGGCGUACAAAGCUGAACAGAGUUUUCAGGAGCUGUUUGAUGCACACCAGGACUUGCAUUCAGAGGCUUGGUUCCUGCUUUUGAUGACAUCCCGAUGGCUUGCUGUGUAUCUAGAUGUCAUCUGUGCCAUCUUCGUCACUGUUGUUGCCUUUGUGUCCCUGAUUCUUGCAGAUGCUUUGACUCCCGGGCAGGUUGGCCUGGUCCUGUCUCUUGCCCUCACACUCACGGGGAUGUUCCAGUGGUGCGUCAGGCAAAGGACCGAAGUUGAGAACCUGAUGAUUUCAGUGGAAAGAGUGAUGGGAUAUUUAGACCUUGAGAAAGAAGCUCCCUGGGAAUACAAAGAUCGUCCCCCACCACCCUGGACUAAUGAAGGAAGGAUUCAUUUUUACACUGUUAACUUCAGGUACACUUCAGAUGCGCCUCUGGUAUUGAAGAACCUGUCCGCAGUCAUUGAAUCAACAAAAAAGGUUGGCAUUGUGGGAAGAACAGGAGCUGGGAAAAGUUCUAUUUUUUCUGCAGUUUUUCGAUUGUCAGAAUUCGAAGGCUCACUUUCGGUUGAUAGUUGUUGGAUACAACCAGCUGGACUUCACAAUUUAAGGAAGAAAAUGUCAAUCAUACUACAGGAACCUGUUUUAUUCAUGGGAACAAUGAGGAAAAAUCUGGAUCCUUUUAAUGAACAUACAGAUAAGGAACUGUGGAAUGCCUUAGAAGAGGUACAACUUAAAGAAACCAUAGAAGGUCUUCCUGGUAAAAUGGAUACUGCCUUAGCAGAAACAGGAUCAAAUUUGAGUGUUGGACAGAGACAACUGGUGUGUCUUGCCAGGGUUAUUCUCAAGAAAAAUCAGAUGUUGAUUAUUGACAAAGCCACAUCGAAUGUGGAUCCAAGAACUGAUGAGUUAAUAAAAAAAGCAAUCCAUAAGAAAUUUGCCCAGUGCACUGUGGUAACCAUCACACACAGAUUGAGCACCAUUAUUGACAGUGACAUGAUAAUGGAUGUGUUGAAGGUCAGUGGCUAA